CUGUCAGAUGACUAGAGAUUAUAUCCUAUUUUGUCGAAGUCACGAGUUUCAAUAAAAAGUGGGGGAUACUGGAGAAGUGUAACAAAGAAAAAAGCAAAGUUCUAACUUGUUUGUUUCCGUUUUUCGAAUGGUGUUAUAGCUUUCAAGCGUUUGACGCUCAGUAUAUACAAGAGAAGUGAAGAGAACUGGACCGUGUCGACCCUGGCAGAACAUUUUUCUCAUUUUACUUUAAAUCAAAAUAAAUUGCUCAACUAGUAUCGUCAUCAAAUAGAUAAAUCAUGAAGAUUCUUCUUUUAAUUGCGGCCGUUAUUGUUGGAUCGCAAGCUGUUAAUUUUUAUGAACUCAUUAAGGAUGAGUGGUUAGCAUUUAAGGCAGAGCACAGGAAAAUCUACAAGAGCGAUGUAGAGGAAAACUUUAGAUUGAAAAUUCUUCUUGAAAAUCGUCACAAAGUUGCGAAACAUAAUGCUCAAUAUGAAAUGGGAAAUAGAACAUUUAAAUUGAAAGUCAACAAGUACAGUGAUAUGCUUCAUCAAGAAUUCGUUCACACGUUUAAUGGUUUCAAUAAAAGUACCAAUCAUCUUUUGAGACAACAAUUGAAAAUUGAAGGUACCACUUUCAUCGAACCAAUGAAUAUCCAAUUGCCAGGAACUGUUGAUUGGAGAAAAAAAGGUUUGGUCACUGCCAUUAAGGAUCAAGGACACUGUGGAUCAUGCUGGGCAUUUUCUUCUACUGGAGCAUUGGAAGGACAACAUUUCAGAAAAAGUGGAAUUCUCAUAUCAUUGAGUGAGCAAAAUUUGGUGGAUUGUUCAGGAAAGUACGGAAACAAUGGUUGCGAGGGUGGUCUUAUGGAUCAAGCAUUCCAGUACAUAAAAGACAAUCACGGCCUUGAUACUGAAAAAUCUUAUCCAUAUGAAGCCGAAGAUGAUAAGUGCAGAUACAGCAAGGCAAAUAAGGGAGCAGAUGACAAGGGCUUCGUCGACAUUCCACAAGGUGAUGAAGAUAAAUUGAAGGCUGCCGUUGCCACCAUUGGACCAGUUUCAGUAGCAAUUGAUGCUUCUCACGAAACCUUCCAACUUUACUCUGAAGGAGUUUAUUACGAGCCCGAGUGCUCAUCAGACCAAUUAGAUCAUGGUGUUUUAGUCGUUGGUUAUGGAACCGAAGAAGAUAAGGAUGGAAAUCCUCAAGAUUAUUGGCUAGUGAAGAACAGUUGGGGCGAGACUUGGGGUGAGAAAGGUUACAUCAAAAUGGCAAGAAACAAGAAUAAUCAUUGCGGUAUUGCCUCAUCAGCAAGUUAUCCUCUUGUUUAAUAAAAACUUUAAUUUAGAUAAAAUUCUAUUCCACAUGAGUCAUGAACAAUGAAGGAAUUUAAAACAAUUGAAAUGAACAAAGCAUUUAAAGAGAUUCCAUAUUUUAAUUUGAACAAUUUAUCGUUUUAAGUCUUUUUUAUAUUUACAGCUUUUGAAAAAAAAUAAUUUUUUUAAAUUAUCAUUUACUAUUUCAAAUAGUUUUAAUUUAGAAAAUAUGUUUUGAUAUUAAAUUUGUGAUUUUCCAGAAAAAAUUGGAAAUACUUAUAAUUUAUGUAAUUCUUGUAUUCGUCUAAUUUUAAGAAUGAAAUUAAGUGAUGUUUUUAUACUGUGGUCACAAAAUGAAAGAGAUUGUAACAAAUUUUGAAAUUUAAAAGAAAUAAAUUUAAUUUUACAUGAAUGAAAAA